CAGGCAUAUGUCUAACCGUUCAGUGUUUCUGUCAUACGAGUUUUAUCUUGUCUUCCGUCACUUUGGAAUUUAAGGGAACUUCCUGCUGCAACCAUGAGAGGCUGCUUGAUACUGCGACAAGGAAGUCUGAAAGCUAAAUGAAGGCGAUGUUAGCAAACAUGUUAACUUUACUUUUAUUUAUGUGUGUGGCUCUGUCAGUUACACUCAAGGCCGAAGAAAGUUCUGAACGCAACCUCAGCUUGUUACGCUUCAAGAGACAAGAUUGUCCAGAUGGUACAUAUCAACAUGAGGGUGUUACAUGUUGUCGUUGUGCUCCUGGUCAACGACUACAGAAGCACUGCACUCUUAAACCAAACGAUCGAAUUUGUGUCUUCUGCAAAACUGAGGAGACCUACAAUAGUGAUCCCACUUUCUUGGACUCCUGUGAACCAUGCAGGUCCUGUGACCCUAAAGCUAACCUUGAGGUGGAGGACAAAUGCACUAUCCGCAAGAACACCGUGUGUCGCUGCCAGAAGGACUACUACUGUGACAGGGCGAAGGAGGACUGUACAGCCUGCCACCCUUGCAAAACGUGUGGAGUGAAUGUUGUCAAGGUUCCCUGUACAGCCACCAACAACACAAUAUGCCAUGAAGCCCAAAAUAAUUCUGAUUCUGAAAACAAUUAUGCGGUGGCUGUCACAGCUACCCUUGGUUCUAUCCUUAUUGCAGCUGCUGUUUUUUUUUGUUUUUGUUUUUGGCGAAAAAAGAAAGCACGUUUUGCUCCAAAGGUUAAAUCAACUGACAGUGGAACAGGACAGGAAAUACCACUUCUGAUAGGUGUCAACCUCACGCCGCACGUCCCGGACAUUGCCAAAGAAGUGGGAUGGAAGAUUAUGAGGAACGUGGCCAUACGCUGUGGGAUGAGUAACGCUGAAAUUGAGACUCAUCAGCUAAACUCGCCAGACGUUAAUGAGUGGUGCCAGAGCCUGCUGAGUGCCUGGGUGGAGAAGGAAGGGUCCCAAGGAGCUGAAAAACUGGUUCAGAACCUCCGGGAGAUGAAGAAGAAGACCACAGCAGAGAAAGUGGAGUCAAUACUUGGGGCCAGGAAUGAAAAUGGGCACAACAACAGAGAGGGUAAAGAACAGGUUGAAGAGGCUUGACCUAGUUCCAUCUAAACACAUGGACUAGGGUUCUCUCAAAUAUAUAUGAUAUGUGUGGAGAUGUUCUUGGAGCAGGUGUGACCCCAGCCUGUGUGAUGGAAAGGCAAUGUUUAUGUAUGUUAUAUGGACAAUGAGGCUAUUUUAGGGUGAUUUAAAUGGAGAUGCAGCUUGUAUGGCUUAUAGCAUGGUGGAGACUGCAUAAUUUUUGUCUGAUGACCAUAUCCACAAUUACAGUAAGUGUUAAUGGCCCUCUUUUUUAUAAUGUCUGGCCCACACCCUCUGGGAGAUGAUCUCAAUAGUUGGCCUGAUGAUCAAACACUGUGUUUCUGUAAAUAUAGUUUUGAACGAUUGGGCA